AUGCCCCGCAAGCGGCCGUUCAGCGCGAAGCGGAAGAAGCAGCAGCUCCGCGACCGGCGCGAACGGAAGCGGGGCGAUGCCCCGACAGGGCCGGACUCGGGCCCGGGCAGCCGUAGUGGGAGCCGGGAGCGGGGAAACGACGCGGUCCCAGUUGAAACGGGAGAUCCGGUUCCCCCUCCCCGCCGCCAUGAUCCCGGCAGGUUCCGGCUGCAGCUGGGGGGGCCGCGGGCCGAGGCCUUGGCGCGACGCCGGCGACGGGCCCAGGAGGAGCUGCUGGAGCUGCUGCCCGAGACCGCCCUUGAGCUGGACCCCGACAGCAUUUACGGCCCCGGGCUGGAUUUCCCACGUCGGCCGCCCUGGAGUUUUGCCAUGAGCCCGGAGGAGCUGCGGGUGAAGGAAGAAGCGGCUUUCGGCACCUUCCUCCGAGCUCUCCGGGAGGGCCAGCGCCCUGGGGGCACCGAGGAGGGGGGCACUGGUGGCGACGAUGAUGGUGGGGACGUGGCUCCCUUUGAGCACAAUCUGGAGACAUGGCGGCAGCUCUGGCGGGUGCUGGAGAUGUCUGACAUCAUCCUCCUCAUCACUGAUGCCAGGCACCCGGCACUGAACGUGCCGCCGGCGUUGGCCACCCAUGUGACGCGUGAGUUGGGGAAGGGCCUGAUCCUCAUCCUCAACAAAGUGGACCUGACCUCCCCAGCUGUGGCCACUGCCUGGAGCCACCUCUUACGCCGUCGUUUCCCCGCCGCCCGUGUUGUCCCCUUCACCUCUGCUCCCCGACGGAACCUGGCACCCGGGCUACAACGGCGGCAGAAACGGGGGGGUGGUUGGAGCCGGGCUGUGGGACCCCGGCAGCUUCUGGAGGCCUGCGAGAGCAUCGUAGGGGGAGAAGUGGACCUGAGCAGCUGGCGAGCGCGGCUGGACCGGGCGGAGGAGGCUGCGGCGCGGGGGGAGGAAGAAGAGGAGGAAGAGCAGCAGGAAGAGGCGGGGGACAGCGGAGAGGCGGAUGAUGGUGAUGGUGACAGUGGCAUGGUGGCCCCCCGGCAAUGGGAGCGUUACCGCCAUGGUGUCCUCACCCUGGGCUGUGUCGGCCUGCCGAAUGCUGGCAAGUCGUCGGUGCUGAACGCGCUGGUGGGGCGAAGCGCCGUCAGUGUCUCCCGUGCCCCCGGCCGUACCCGCUACUUCCAGACCCAUUUCCUCACCCCCCGCGUCCGCCUCUGCGACUGUCCUGGCCUUGUUUUCCCCUCCCGCGCCCCGCCGGCUCUCCAGGUGCUGGCAGGUGUCUACCCCAUCUCGCAGCUGCAGGAGCCUUACUCAGCCGUGGGCUACCUGGCCUCCCGCAUCCCGCUGCCGCCUCUCCUCCAGCUGCGGCCCCCCAGUGCUGCCGCCGGCUGGACUGCUUGGGACAUCUGCGAAGCGUGGGCAGAGAAACGAGGGUACAAGACAGCAAAAGCGGCUCGCAACGACGUCUACCGGGCGGCCAACAGCAUCCUACGCCUGGCGGCCGAGGGGCGACUCCGUCUCUGCCUGCGUCCCCCCGGCUAUGCUGCCCAGAAGGAUUUAUGGGAGCAGCACCCCGAGACGGCAGCGCUGGCGGCACUGCAGGAGCAAGGGGACCCGGGUGUCCGGAGCUCUGCCCCCCCCGGGGAGGAGUCAACCGAGGAGGAGGAGGAGGAGGAGGAGGGUGAGAGUGGUGAGGAGGUGGAGCCUGGGGAAGCCACACCCCCUGCCAGCACCGCCCCCAACCCUUUUGCUCUGCUGGGAGAGGAUGAGUGUUAGCGCUGUCCCUCAGGGGUGGAGCCAAGGGGAGGUCCAGCCCCAUAUUGUUACACUAAUACCAUAUAUAGA